AGUUGGUGACUGUCUUGUCCUGAUGAAGGCGGAGCUUUCUCUACAGAGACACUAACCACAGCGGUGGCGCAGAGGUGCGUGCCCACUGAGCACGAAGUCAGGAGAGACGCUGCGUGGUUUAACUCAUCCAGCACUUAGAGAAUCUGCUUUUGUCAGUGUCGAAAUAUCCAAGCAACUUGCAGGCAAGGGGAAGGGAAGAGGUGACCAUGCAGCUGGAGCUGGAGGCCAGCCCCUCCGAAGAGGUGACCCUCACUGAUCAUUACAUGAUCCUCAGGACUUUGGGCAAAGGCAGCUUUGCUGAGGUGAAGCUGGCCUGCCACCUCCACACAGGGGUUUGGGUUGCUGUCAAGGUCCUGGAAAGGGGUGAGAAGAACGAUUCUGUUAUCACGACUGAAAUAGACAUCAUUAAGUCACUGGACCACCCAAAUAUUAUCAAGUUGUUCCACAUCAUUGAAACCAGAGAGCACACGUACAUGGUGAUGGAGCAUGCUGCAGGGGGCGACCUGGUGAGCCACAUUGAGAAGGUGGGCUGUCUGCAGGAAGAAGAGACCCGCCGCAUCUUCACCCAGAUGGUGUACGCUGUCAGCUACUGCCACGAAAACAGCAUUGCACACAGGGACAUCAAACCAGACAACAUCCUGCUGGAUGGCAAAGGGAGUGUCAAACUGUGUGACUUUGGCCUGGCCAUCAAAGUCACAUCCGGGCAGAGGUUCAGGGGAUUCUGCGGUACCCUUGAGUACUGUGCUCCGGAGAUUUUCACCGAUGUGGAAUAUGACGCUCAGGCAAAUGACAUCUGGAGCAUGGGAGUGGUUUUGUACACGAUGGUGACAGGGCACUUUCCAUUUGAGGCAAAGACCUAUUCCCAGAUGAAGGAGAAGAUGCUGAACCCCAAGUACUCCAUUCCACCCAUGCUCUCGCCAGACAUUGCAAACCUCAUCAUGCAGUUGUUCACUGUGGACCCAGACCAGAGGCCCAAGAUCUGUGACAUUAUGCAGCACCAGUGGCUCAGGGGUGGUAAAGACCUUCCCAAACUGGCCUCUUCCUUUGAGGCAUGCCCCAGCAAACCAGCUCCCAGCAUUGUGGUGGCUAUGUGGGCCAUGGGUUACAAUGCCAAGGACAUUAGAGACUCUUUACGUGAAAAAAAAUUCAACAACAUCAUGGCAACUUACCUAAUUUUAAAACAUCAGUCACCCUGGGGGGACAAUGCUAAGCACCAAAUGAAGCCUGCGCAGCCUUUUGCCAUGACACCCAUAGGCCCGCCCACCUUCCGUCUCCCCCUAAAGAGGACAGGGAGCGAGUCUGCUCUUCACAUCUUCACCCUGACAAACAGAGACCACGUGUCUGACGAUGCCAACUUUUCAAGGAAGAAGGGCUGCAAAAGUCCCAGCAUGCCUGACAUUCUGUGCUGCCAGCAGAUGAGAACUCUUAUUCCUAACACAGAUCCCAGGCAUGCUCCUGUUGCUGCUCAGCUCAUGAACAGCAGCUUUUGGAAGACCAGCAUGACCUCCAAGGGUGUGUCCUUAGGUAACACAUCCUCCAAGGAUAUUUUUUCUGAAAAAUAUUUGUCCUAUAGAGCACCCCAGAUUGUGGUCACCACCGAGAACAGCCCACAGACCCAGGAUAUGCCAUCUGAAAAGAAUUCCAGGGAGACACCCCAGAGUGUGACCACCAGUGCCACACAUGAGAAUAAGAGGCACGGGUCCCAUCAGGAAACAUCUUCUGGAGAAAAAUUCUCAGGUGUCCAAGCACAGAGAGCAAAGACAGCCUCUUCCCACAGUCUACACCAAGGCUGGAAGAGGGUUAAGAGGAGGAUGGGGAAUUGUGUGCGGAGACUAUGCUGUUGCCUGCCAGCCCAACAAACAAGCCAGGUUUUCCAGAAGAAAGUGACUCCAGUGGAGGGAGAAGGCAACAGAGUCACACCAAACGAGUGUACACUGACGCUGACCCACGGGAUGGAGAUCAGCCUGAUAGAGACUGAGACAGCUGCACCAGGAGACUUGUAGGAAGUGCAGUGUGACUGAAUGCCCAUCACAGAGGCCUCUGGAUGGCUUUGGAGGAGGUUUCUGGGCCCCAAGAAAUAGUUUUUCACAUGGGGGAAGAGGAGUCUGUGAUCCCAGAAUGGAACCAGCAAGCUGGAGAGAAAAAAAAUGUUCAUCAGUUGGGUUGGACUGCUGAGUUGGCACUGUAUUUCAGAAAGUGCAGGUCACCCACAUUUGUCUGACCUCACAGAUGCUUCAGAAAACGUGCCUGAACAGAUUAAGAAAGUGUCUCAGUGGAGCCUUGAAGUGAGUGCACAUCUGUGCCUGGAUGCUGGACUGGAUCUCCUGAGGACAGUGACCAUGGACUCCCUGUUCCAGGGUGCAAAUGAUAAUGUGAAGAUAGAAACUUGGGGCCUCCAGACUGGAGGUGAUGAUCUCUUGAUGACAAUAUUAAGCAGGUUCAGUGAACAGCAGCCAACACCACCCACUGGCUCCUAAAAAGAUAGGAACCUAACAUAACUGUCUCCUGAGAUGCUUCAUCUAGCACUGGAUUGAGGAAGAUGCAGAGACCCACAGCCAAACAUCAGAUGGAGCCUGGAGAGUCUUGUGGAAGAGUGGGGGAUAGGAGUGUGCUAGCUGGAAGGGUCAAGGACACCACAAGAAGAUCUACAGAGUCAACUAACCUGGGACCAUGGGGGCUCAGAGAGACUGGGCCACCAACCAGGAAGCAUGCAGGAGCUGGACCUAGAUUCCUUGCACAUUGGUAGCAGAUAUGCAGCUUGGUCUUCAUGUGGGUCCUCUAACAAGUGGAGUGGGGGCUGCCUCGGUCUCUGUUCCCUGCCAUUAGAUCCCCUUCCCUCUACCUGGACUGCCUGGUAUUAGACUCUCCCUUGGUGGGAGAGGAUGUGCCUAGUCCUGCUGGGACCAGAUAGCCCAGGGUGGGGCAGGAUAUCCUAUUGAUCUGUUUAACCAUCCCUGCAUCUCUGAGAUAAAGCUAACUUCAUCAUGAU